CUCAGCUGUGCCGGAUCAACGUCAAGGCGACCAACAUCCGGAGCCCGUGCCUUCGUCACCCAAGCCCAGCCUUACACCGAAGCAGACGACAGCAGACGACGAACAACGCACGCGCGGCUCAAUCAUCCCCCCCGGCGAUAUACCGACGACACUUUUCUUCUCCUCCAAGAGCAUCGACUGCUCGAGAACACUCCCGACGAAACACGCCCAGAUCCCCGCCCGCCCGAUCCAUCUACAACGAUUCGCAGACUGGGAGCUAUCUUCAGCUAA